UGAUUCGAAAUUGAUGGCUUGGCUUUGUUGCGAAAUACAAAAUGUUAAAAUAACAAUAAUUUGAUUUAGAAUACGCCAGCAACACACACAGGGACCAUUUAUCAAUAAUUUUUAUAACUGAAGGAAUGCAGGUGUCAUGAUUAUUUGGAAUUUUUCUCAAAGUCAUCAGAUAAAAGGACUCGAGUGAGGAGGGAGCCACAACUUGUGGCACAAGGCCAGUUUUCAAAAUGGUUUUCGCAAGCUUGGGCUCGCUUUUCUUGCCAUUCGUGACUUCUAUCUUUUGUGUCCUGUCAGUCUACGUAGCUUUCAUCUGGAAACAGAUUUUAAAAGAGGCACAAGAAAAAAGCAAGGGAUCACCAAAUAUUGAAAGACUGAAGCAGUGCCUGCCUCUGACAAUAUCUGCAAGUUGGAAACUUGGAAAUAUUGUGAAUGGCAUACCAAUUUGGGAAAAUCAUGUAUUUUCUUCUGAAGCUGAUAAUGGUGUCAUAGCAGCCCAAGCUGUCAUCAAUGCACCAGCAGAGUCAGUAAUAAAGGAAAUGGUAAAGCCAAGAAUGCUGCAGAUGCUUCAUCCUUGGGUUAGUGACACAAGUCUUGCUCCUGGCACACCACAAAAGCAACUUGAACAAUCAGAAGUUUUGUCAGAUUGCUUAUCUGUUUUCUGCAAUGUACCAAGUAUCAAGAAAAUAGUAAACAUAUAUGUUAAAUGGAAAAAUUGCUGCUUGAUGAAACGUCGAUGGAAAUAUGGAAAGGAUAAUGUGUCUUGGUUAGUGAUGAAUCCAGAAUAUAAAGUCUAUCAGCAUUUGUUUGGACAUUGGCAGUGCUGUCUUGCCACUGAUAUUCCAACAGGUAAAGACACAAUGUGCCUUUUGUCAAUUUUCACUGCCCCAACGACUGAUGACGAAACUAGACUCGCUGUGCUUGGAGCUGCGAUGGCAUCUCAAGUUGUCAACAUGAGGGAGCACAUGGAUUCGCUUUACUUGAAAAAAAUAGUGCGCAAAGAUUCAACUGUUAUACAAAGGAAAUCGUCAAUAGAACAACGUGCAAAGUCUCCAACUGCAGAAAAGAAACUGGAUAACAAAGAAGCAUUACAGAGUCGCACUGUACCAAAGAAUUUUGCGGGAGUAGAAGGUAUUGGCUAUGUCGAAGCCCCUGCUGAAAUUAAAGAUAUUACAGAGCAUCCACAACCUGCUCCUGCCAUCAAGAUUGAAAGCCAGGAAGCCGCGUUAAGAGACGCAAAGCUAUCCAAGUAUAAAGACACGCUGGACACUGCAUUUGAGUUGCUGGUGGAUGUUUACAAUGCAAACGAGACAACUCCAGGGUGGACCUAUCUUGGUAACAGAAAUGGUAUUGAAGUUUAUCGCUUGCAAGGGGACGCUUCCUGUCCAUCAGACUGCUUUAAAGGAACUGCUGAAGUCAACGUUCCUCUCACCUAUGCUCUACAAUAUGUUACUGAAAUCAACUUCAAGAAAGAGUGGGACGAUGUUUUCAACGAAGGCAAAGUGAUCGAAGAUAUUGAUGAAGUUACAAAGGUCACCUACAUGGAGUACAAACCAGUUUGGCCAACUACCGCUCGUGACUUUUGCAGCAUAACAGCAACAAGGCAUUUGAAAGGCGAUAUCUACGGCGUUGCAGUCAAAGCCACCACUCAUCCUUCAUGUCCUCCAGUCAAGGGUAAGCAAAGGGGUGAGAUAAUCACAGGUGGAUUCGUUGUUGAAGGGACUAGCAUCGAUCCUCCACAGUGCAAAGUUACUUACGUCACAAGAGCGGAUCUUAAAGGAAAAAUUCCAGCAAGUAUGGUAAACAAAGUGAAUGAAAAACAGCCUAUGUACACUGCUAUUAUAAGAGAUAAAAUUGAAGAGAGAUUUAUGUAUCAAGACCCGCCACAUGAAGGAGAUACCAAAAUUAUCGCUGCAAGGCAGUACCCAAGCAUUUUAGAGGCAUCGACAAAGGUUGAAGGAUCUGUUGAAAACCAAAUUAACUCCGCGACAUCGACAUUGGCCAUUUCAAAUAAGAAUGGUUCUGAUGAUGGAAAUCAAGAUGACAGCAAUGCGGCUACCGCAACGAAUUUUAGAGAACUCUCUAAAGAUGAGAUCGAAUCGUUUAUACCAGAUACCGAUGUAAAGUGGGAUGCAAUUUCCGAGACUUCGGUAACAAGCCUGGACCAAAUGGAAGAGAUGUCGAAGAAAUCCGAUUCAGACUCUAAGGAGGCUGUGGACGAGCUGGAAGACAAGACAGAACCACAGUCCUCCCAACGACUUGAACAUCUUCGAGAUCGUCUUGGGAAUUUGGACUUCAAAGUACUUGGAAAUCAAACUGCAGCAAAACUGCUAGAGGAGGUUCUGUUGGCAGCUAAAGUGGAUAGCACAAGCCAGCCUGCAGACGGAUAUACCGAAGACAUUUGGACAUACCAAGGAACAUACAGGAAUGUCAUGAUUCUACGCAAGAUUCACACUAAUAGCAAUUUUUAUAGUUUUCUUGGACGAGGAAUAAUUGAUGUUCUUCCAGUGACAGUUUGGGAAGCUGUCAAAAAUCCAUCAACAAGAUUUGUUUACGACAACAUGUUAAAGAAAACGUCCGUUGCAAAGGAUAUUGAAGAAGGGUUGAGAAUCAUUCAUAUGCGACAUGAAACUACUGCCUGCUUCAUCAAACAAGCAAGAGACUUUGUCAUUUUAACAAAAGAAAGAGUUGAUCCCAAUAAAUACAUAAUGGCUGGAGCAUCAGUCGAAAUUCCAGAAUGUCCUUUGGAGAAAAAUUGUAUCCGUGGGACGGUGCUGGCAAGUGGAUGGAUAAUCGAACCAGUAUUGAACAAAGGAAAGCCAUGUUCUCUUGUCACAUAUUUGUCACAGGUUGACUUUGGUGGGAAACUGCCAGUGCGGCUUAUAAAUCUUAUUGCUAAAAGGCAACCAAUGAGCAUAGCUUACAUCAGAACGUAUUUAGAGGCAGCAGAACACAGAUGAACCCACUUUUAAAUCAUGCAACAAUUCACCUUUUGAAAAAAAUUAACAAUAUACAUUUCAGUAUGAUAAGGUAUUCACUUUUUGAUUCGCCAAAAAUAUUAGAUAGGGAAAAAAUAGGAAAGUUGUGAUGUUUGCACAUCUUGAAUGAUUUUCUAGAAGUUUGCCAUCUAUAAACAGUUAUAGCGGCAAAGAAGAAAUAAAUAUUUUUUAUUACUUCGACUAAGGUAGGCGAUGACAGUCCAUUUCAAUGUGUCAAAUUUUAAUAUGUUGUUUCAUGUGGUAGUUGUUCACGUAUGAGUUGCAAUUUCGUAUAAAAAUUGAUUAGUAAUAUACAU